CAUUGUUAUUAUUUUAACAAUUACAGCCUGAUUAUUUAUGGAUUUCUGACCCAUUAUUGAAAAACUUUGCACAUGGUUGGCCAAUAGUCACUAUUGGUGUAUGUUUGAGGAUAUUAAAGAAUAAAGAAGACAGAUUGGUUUUUACUAUAAUUGUGAGGAGAGCACUGAAAGGAUUUGGUAUUGUGAUUAAACCUUAAAAAAUAGUCACUGCAAAAUAAUGCUGGAAAGGGUUGCCUGGGUGGCUUGGUGGGUUAAGCUCUGCCUUUGGCUUAGGUCAUGAUCUCAGGAUUCUGAGAUUGAGCCCUGCAUUGGGCUCUCUGCUCAGUAGGAAGCCUGCUUCCUCCUCUCUCUCUCUGCCUGCCUCCCUGCCUACUUGUGAUCUCUCUCUCUAACAAAUAAAUAAAUAAAAUCUUUAAAAAAAAUAAUGCUGGAAAGAUAGAAAUAAUAAUAUUAGCUGUCUGUAAUUGAGAUUUCUGCCAUAUAUUUGUACUUACAGACUGUACUUGACUUUAUAUUCACUAUAGAUGUUACUGGCCCACUUUACAGAAGAAAAGUGAGGCUUACAAUAGUAGUUAAGUAAUUUUCCCAAACUUGUAUUGCUAAUGAAUUUAAGCCUGGUUUCUCUCCUUCCAAAGUUUUUGUUCCAUACUACAUUACCUGAGACUGCUUGGGUUCAGAUCUCAGUUCUAUCACUUACUAGCCAUGUGACCCUGGACAGUGUCUUAACUUCCCUGUGCUGUGCUAUUUCUCAUUUGUAAAAUGGGAAUGAAACCACCACUUACCUCAUAGAGUUUCUGAGAAUAUUAACUGGGUUAAUGUAUAUCAAGUCUUUAGAACUGUUGCUGCUGCUUUAUACGUGUUACCUUUCAUCUCUUAAAGGACGUGCUGGAAUGGUGCCAUUCCGGGACAGGCCAAAAUAGAAAAGUUCUCUCCUGUGUGGUUUUUAACUCAGCUUCUCCGGGUUGUUUUCUACAGCUGGGAAGUAAGAGGAUUACCCUAAUAGACUUCAAGCUUUAAAAUUCAUAAGCUUGCCUAUUGCAGUUUUUCUGUCUUCCUCUUCCUUGACAGUAUUUGGUACAGCACAAGCAUUAGGCUGUUUUAUAGUGUGCAAACUAUUUCAUUAUGUUCCGAAGGAAUGCCAAGGUACUCAGUUUAUAUGGAGGAGAUGAGUUUAGGAUAGCAGUAACCUGUUACUCUUGCCUAAUGUUAAUUUAUUUAAAGCAUUUAUUGUUUCUUUGCUUUCAAGACAGCCUCUCUUUGAAACCCAUCUUUUGGUAUCUAUAGUCAGCAGAAUAAUGGACCCCUUGAAGAUAUCCAUGUCUAAAUCCUGAAAACCUGUGAACCUGUUAGCAUACAUGGUGCUGGUGUCUUUGAUUUGAGUUACAAAUUUUGUCAAGGAAAGUUGCAAUUGAUUUUAGACCAGUUGGAUCCAGGGCAACCUAAAGAGGUGAGAUAUGAAGCCUUGCAAACGUUAUGUUCAGCUCCACCAUCUGAUGUUUUGAACUGUGAAAAUUGGACGACUCUUUGUGAAAAACUGACAGUGUGUCUUUCAGAUCCUGAUCCUGUGUUUAGUGACCGGAUUUUAAAAUUCUAUGCACAGACAUUUACUCUUUCACCAUUACAUAUGACCAAGGAGAUUUAUACAAGCCUAGCUAAAUAUUUGAAGUUACACUUUCUUUCUAGAGAAAAUCAUAUUCCUACUCUCUCAACUGGUAUAGAUACAAGUAAUCCUAAUGUGAUCUGCUUACUUAAAAAGGUUCGUCUUCUAAAUGAGUAUCAGAAAGAGGCUCCAUCUUUCUGGAUUCGUCACCCAGAAAAGUAUAUGGAAGAAAUUGUGGAAAAUACUUUGUCCUUAUUAUCAGUUAAACAUGAUCAGAGCCAUCUUGUAACACAAAAGAUUUUGGAUCCAGUUUACUUUUUUGCAUUGGUUGAUACCAAGGCUGUGUGGUUCAAAAAGUGGAUGCAUGCAUCUUAUAGCAGAACUACAGUACUGAGACUUCUUGAAAAGAAAUAUAAAUCCCUGAUAACUACAGCAGUUCAGCAGUGUGUUCAGUACUUUGAGUUGUGUGAAGCCAUGAAAGCUGGUGAGAUUUUGGGUCAUUCAAAGCAUUGUGGGAAUAAACAGAAAACCUUCUACUACUCAGGACAAGAAUUACAAUAUAUUUAUUUCAUUCACUCACUAUGCCUUUUAGGAAGGUUAUUGAUCUAUACACAAGGCAGACGGCUAUUUCCCAUAAAGCUGAAGAAUAGAAAAGAUUUAGUAUCCCUUACAGAUCUUCUGGUUCUGUUCACCCAACUUAUCUAUUACUCACCAAGUUGUCCAAAGAUGACAUCAGCUGCACAUUUAGAUAAUUACUCUCCUGCAAGUAUGGUGACUGAAGUUCUUCGGAUACUGUGUGAUCAAAAAGAAUGUGCAAUCGAAUGCUUAUAUAAUAACACUGUGAUUGAGGCACUUCUUCAGCCUAUUCAUAAUUUAAUGAAAGGAACUAAGGCUGCUCCAAAUUGCUCUGAAACAGCUUUAAUUCAUAUAGCUGAUAUUUUGGCAAGAAUUGCAUCUGUAGAAGAAGGACUUACCUUACUACUUUAUGGAGAAAAUAUGAAUUCCUCUGAAGAAAAAAGCCCUACAGGUGCUCAUAUAAUUGCCCAAUUUUCGAAAAAACUUCUUGAUGGCGAUAUUUCUAUUUUUUCUGGAUCGGAAAUGUUGCCUGUGGUUAAAGGAGCUUUUAUUUCUGUGUGUCGUCAAAUAUAUGGUACAUGUGAAGGCUUACAGGUGUUAAUUCCUUAUUGUUUGCAUGAGUCUAUAGCAAAGGCAUGGAAGAAGACAAGUUUGCUAUCAGAAAGAAUUCCUAUUCCAGUAAAGGGUUUGGAUUCUGUUUCUUCGGUAAACCAGGAAUCCCAAAACAUUAUGGCUUGGGAAGAGAAUUUGUUAGAUGAUUUACUAAAUUUUGCUGCCACUCCCAAAGGACUACUCUUUCUUCAAAGAACAGGUGCCAUCAAUGAAUGUGUGACAUUUAUGUUCAACCGAUAUGCAAAAAAAUUACAGAUCAGCAGGCAUAAAAAGUUUGGCUAUGGAGUUUUGGUGACACAAGUGGCAUCCACAGCAGCAGGUGCAAUAGCACUACAAAGUUCGGGAUUUAUUAAUGCACUUAUAACUGAAUUAUGGGCCAAUCUGGAAUGUGGAAGAGAUGAUGUUAGAGUAACCCAUCCCAGAUCUACUCCAGUGGAUCCUAUUGACCGGAGCUGUCAAAAGUCUUUUUUAGGAUUGGUGAACUUGUUACCUUAUCCUGCUGUUUAUGAGCUGGUAGGCAAUCAGGAUCUUCCUAAUAAAGCAGAAUAUUCUCUUCGUGAAGUCCCAACAUGUGUUAUUGAUAUUAUAGAUAGACUUAUAAUUUUGAAUUCAGAAGCUAAGAUUCGUUCUUUAUUCAACUAUGAACAAUCACACAUCUUUGGUCUAAGGUUAUUAAGUGUGGUAUGCUGUGAUCUAGACACUCUUCUUCUACUAGAGGCUCAGUAUCAAGUAUCUGAAGUGUUACUAAAUGCUCAAGAAGAAAAUAUCUUAGAGACCUCUGAAAGUCAUAGGAAUUUCAUAAUUGAUGGCUUAUCAGUAGAGAGAAAUCAUGUUCUUGUUAGAAUAAAUUUUAUUGGUGGACCCAUGGAACGAAUUUUGCCUCCAAGGGCACUAGAGAAGGGUGAUGAUCCAUAUCCUUGGCCCAUGUUUUCUUCAUAUCCUUUACCAGACUGCUAUCUCUCAGAAGUUACAAGAAAUGCUGAUCUAAAACAAGACAAUGAUCUUGGCAAACUUCUGUUAUGCUUCAAAAUGUCUGAUAAACAAACUGAGUGGAUAGAAAACUGCCGAAGACAGUUUUGCGAAAUGAUGAAGGCCAAACCUGAUAUAAUCAGUGGAAGUACUUUACUGGAAUUGCUUGAAAAAUUUGUGCUUCAUCUCUCUGAAAACCUCUCUGAAUGUUACUUCCCCUCAGUGGAAUAUACAGCUACUGAUGCAAAUGUGAAGAACGAAAGUCUUUCAUCUGUGCAGCAGCUUGGCAUUAAAAUGACUGUCAGAUAUGGCAAGUUCCUCAACCUGUUAAAAGACAGCGCAGAAAAUGAUCUUACCUUGGUUUUAAAGCACUGCGAGAGAUUCCUAAAACAGCAGCAAGCGCCCGUAAAAUCUUCUCUUCUCUGCCUGCAGGGGACUUACACUGGCCAUGACUGGUUUGUAUCCUCUUUGUUCAUGAUAAUGCUGGGGGACAAAGAAAAAACAUUAAGAUUUCUUCAGCAGUUCUCCAGGCUUCUGACCUCUGCUUUCCUUUGGUUGCCAAGACUUCAUAUUUCUAGGUAUCUAGCUACUGACACUAUAGAAUCUGGCAUCCAUCCAGUAUAUUUUUGCAGCACUCACUACAUUGAAAUGCUCCUGAAGGUGGAGGUGCCACUUGUGUUUUCAGCUUUUCACAUGUCUGGUUUUGCACCAUCCCAGAUUUGCCUACAAUGGAUAACUCAGUGUUUCUGGAAUUAUUUGGAUUGGAUAGAAAUCUGCCAUUAUAUUGCUACUUGUGUUUUCCUUGGUCCUGAUUAUCAAGUGUAUAUCUGUAUAGCUAUAUUCAAGCAUCUGCAGCAAGACAUUCUGCAACACACUCAGACUCAAGAUCUACAAGUUUUCCUGAAAGAAGAAGCACUGCAUGGUUUUCGAGUGAGUGAUUACUUUGAAUACAUGGAGACUUUGGAACAAAACUACCGAACAGUAGUGCUGAGAGACAUGCGGAACAUUAGAGUGCAGAGCACAUAGAUGGUGGAGCGCAUGGUUUAAUGUCAUGUUUUAUUUAUUUGUAAAGAAAACAGGGGGACUUGAUUGUCUUCUGUGUCUAAAAUAAUAUAUGCUUUGUGAAUACACAUAUUGUGAAUCAAUACUGGGACUCUUUCAAUAUAAUAAUAUAUAUUUGAUUAGGAGUUAGCUCAAUUUGUGACAUGAAGUAAAUUUAUUUUUGUUAAGUUCAUUGUUUUCUUAGGCUGUUUUAGAAUCAGAUCUAAUUUACUUAUAGUUCUUUAUGUUUAAGAGCUGGUCCCAACUGACAUCUCUUUCUUUACCAGAAGAUUAAAAUAUUUUUUUCUAAAUGAGUUUUGAAAGAAGCAUCAACAUUAUAAAUAAUUGUUUGACUAGCCAGAGAGAGAGUCCAUAUGAACAAGGAAGACAUUUAUUUUCUUCAUCUUUUGUCUGCACCUAUAAAGGAAAUAGACAAGGCCACAAUUACUAAUUUUACAUGUGGUGAAAAUAAAUUAUAUUUAUCAUAGCAAAUACUAAGAAAACUAUUGUUCUCAGACAUAAUUGUUUUUCUAGGAAUUGUUUUUGAUACCUAUAUCAACUUACAAUUUUUCAUGUUGAAGUGUAGGCUCUACAUGGUUCAUUUAGAAGAUAGAUUAGUUAUUUCAUACUGAUAAGCAUUUGACUUUGUGUUUGUUAUGCAUUUUUCUUAGUGAUAAAUUUUAUUUGUACUGAACUUAACAUUAAGGAGAAUAACUUCUAAAUUAUUUUAAAUGAGUAACACAAUGUUUUACUUAAAUAGAAGGCUUUGCUCCAGUGAGAUUAAUACAAUUUGCUAAAGUCUGUUUUCUUAUAACUGUCACAUUUAAUAUGUGAAAAAUAAUACAUAAAAAUAUUUUUCAGUUAGCAAUUUUAACAAAUUUUUUUAACUUAUGGGUGGUAGUCAUUUUGUAUGCAUUACUUAUAUUUAAAUAUAAAUCAACCAAUAAAACCAUUUUGAAGCCUUUUUUUCUAAAACCAAAAAUAGCUCAUCCACAAACUCAUUUUUCCUUUCAGUAUCAUGAAACAACUGGCACCAUAGAGUUUUCAGCUGUGUGAUAUUUAGGCUAUUGUAAUAUCAACCUUCCAAAAUUGGGUUUUAUGCUGUUAAUGCUAACAGUAGCUGCUCAGUAAUGGUGUUCGUAAAGGGCAUUGAAACAGUUGAGAAAAGAAAAUUGAGCAAGUUAAUUUGACAUAUUGCUCCCUUUAGCUCUGGUUGAUAGGAGUUAAGUAAGAGAGUCCUAGGUUACUCAAAAUACCAAGCUUUUGUCUACUUUCAAACUUAAUUUUGGAAAGCUGUAAUACAUGUUUAUGGUUUCAUUUCUUCCAUUCUGUUCCUGAGUUACUGUUAUUGAUACUAAGAAAUUGCAGCAUUAUUUCCUUUUAAAAGCUCUUACAUGGUAAUUGGAAAUAUAGAUGGAAAAGGAACUAUCUUAGUUUUAUAUUAUUCAUUGGUGAUUUUGAUUGGAAACUGAAGUAAGAUCUAGAUAAUAACAGUUACAUUUUGGAAAAGUGAAUUCAGCUGAAGCCAGAAGGCAUUUGUGUUCAUUUGUUAAAUAAAUGUCUUUAUGAACAAUGACCUAGCAAUUUGGUGAAAUAAAAUGUAAAAUAUUGUUGUUUAUGUAGCUAACAUUGUAAAUUAUUUUUGUACCUAUUAUUCUAAGAAUACUAUUUAGAAUAGAAAUAAACACAACUCUGCCUUGA